GGAGCGCUGCUGUCGCGCCGCGGGCCGGGGCAGCAGGAGCGGGAGAGGGGGAGAUCAGUAGUCGCGCGGCCGCCGGGCGUGGGUGUAGUGUGUGUGCGGUGCGUGUGGUGCGGGACUACUCGGACUGCUCGGACUACUCUAGCUGGCGACUGGGUCAGGAGGAGCGGGGUUCGGGCCCCGCCAUGCUGUACGUGCUGCCCCCGCCCGCCGCCCCCGCGCCCCCCUCGCCCUGGGCCGCCAUCCUCUGCGGGGGCGGCGGGCCCCUGCGAGCUGCACGCCGCGUGCCCCCAGCGGACUCCGCGGCAGAGGAGGGCGACCAGGCGUCCAGGACUGGCAGGAGCCUGAGCGAAUGCUACUUCGCGGGUAAGGGCGCGGCGGUGGCGCUGCCUGCCAGCUCCAGGGACUCGGUGAGCCCGGGUCGGCGGGUCAGCGCCCCUGGCGUCGACAUCCAGCACCACCUGCAGUCCAUGUUCUACCUGCUGCGGCCCGAGGAGACUCUCAAGAUGGCGGUGCGGCUGGAGAGCGCGCACGCGGCGCGCACCAGGUACCUGGUGGUGGUGUCCUACGCGGGGCGGCGCGACGUGGAGGAGAGCUGUCUGCUGGGCAUCGACUGCAACGAGCGCACCACCGUGGGGCUGGUGCUGAGACUGCUGGCCGACACCACCAUCACCCUGGACGGCGACGGCGGCUUCAGCGUGAGUGUGUGCGGCCGCCAGCACAUCUUCAAGCCAGUGUCCGUGCAGGCCAUGUGGUCGGCGCUGCAGACCCUGCACAAGGUCAGCUCCAAGGCGCGCGAACUCAACUUCUUCCUGGGCGGACUGACGCACGACUGGGUCAGCUACUAUGAGCAGCGCAUCGAGUCGGACCGCUCAUGCCUCAACGAGUGGCACGCCAUGGACAGCCUCGAGUCGCGCCGCCCGCCCUCGCCCGACUCCGUGCGCACCAAGCCGCGCCAGCGGGAGGAGACGGAGCAGGUGAUCCGCUCCACGCUCAAGGAGAUCAUGAUGUCCGUGGACCUGGACGAGGUCACCUCCAAGUACAUCCGCGGCCGCCUGGAGGAGGACCUCAACAUGGACCUGGGGGAGUUCAAGCCGUUCAUCGACCAGGAGAUGCUCACCAUCCUGGGCCAGAUGGACGCCGCGACCGAGGUCUUCGACCACGUGUACCUGGGCUCCGAGUGGAACGCCUCCAACCUGGAGGAGCUGCAGAGGAACGGUGUCGGCCAUAUCUUGAACGUGACGCGGGAGAUUGACAAUUUCUUCCCUGGAAUGUUCAACUACCUGAACAUCCGGGUGUACGACGACGAGGCCACGGACCUGCUCAAGCACUGGGAUGACACGUUCAAGUACAUCUCUCAGGCAAGGAAGCAGGGCUCGAAGGUGCUGGUGCACUGCAAGAUGGGUGUGAGCCGCUCAGCGUCCGUGGUGAUAGCGUACGCGAUGAAGGCGUUCAGCUGGGACCUGGCGCGGGCGCUGGCGCACGUGCGCGCCCGGCGCAGCUGCGUCAAGCCCAACAGCAGCUUCGUUGCGCAGCUGGAGACGUACCAGGGCAUGCUGGCGGCCAUGAGGAACCGCGAGCGCCUGCAGAGGUCCAAGUCGGAGACGGACCUGGACGCGGGCGUGGCGGGCGAGGCGGGCGUGCGGGAGGGGGGGGGCUCGUCCUCUGCCCCCGACCCGGAGCUGCUGUGCGUGGACUGGGGGCUGGCGGGGCGGGACCCCCCGCGCUCGGGGGCGCGCCCCAAGUCCUGGUCCCCGGACACCAACGCCCCUGCCGCCCCCUUCUCUGUCCCAGGCCCGGUGUCUGUGUCCUUGGAGCAGCUGAAUCUGGAAGCUCCGUCGCCCGCCCGGGCGGGCUCCCCGUCGUACGUGAAGGGUGCGCUGCCUGUCUCCUUCCUGGAGGCUCGCAACCACACGCUGAACGUGCGCAUGCCGUGUGGCAACGGCCAGGCCUACAGCGUGUCCCAGAACAAGGUGGUGUACCUGCCUGCGUCCUCGGUGAGGCACCGCGUCAGCGAGCUGGAGGGGCGGGCCCGGCCCGACCGCAGGGGGCUGGUCCUGCGGCUCACCUCGCAGUACGAGUGCGGCGAGGAGUCGUCCACGGACCCCGGCGAGGAGGUCGCGAGGACGGUGGGGCGGGAGCCUGGGGAGAGGUUGCGAGACGCGAGCGAGUGUGAGGGAGGGGAGGAGGAGGGCCCGGUGGUGUCGAGGACCAAGCCUGCUCCCCAGAUGCUCACUGCGGUGCUAGUCAAGAAGGAGAUCUGGGACCCGGGCGAGUCGAACGGCGAGAGUGUCGUUUACUCGUCGGACACGUCGAAGCAGUGCUCGGGAGACGUGACGUACGUGUCGGAAGCGAAGCUGGAACCCACGGAAACCGUCAAACCGCGCAAAAAUGGGGAUCCUUUCUCGGCGCAGCUGGACAGGGUUUUUGACCGGGAGGAGAGGCGGCAGCAGCGACCGACCAUCCCGCCCCCUUCGGUCGCGGAGCCGAGCGUGGUGGAGCCUGCACUUCCGGUGCGGGAGGCUCCGUCCCGCCAGAGCUCGUGGGGGUCGUACGACAGUGCGGUGGUGCUGGGGGACGCCCCGUCCCGGCAGAGCUCCUGGGGCUCCGGCGACGCGCGCUGGGGCACUCUGCCGUCUCGCAACAGUUCCUGGGGCUCCUACGACAUGCGUCCGGGGAUGCAGUGCGUGGCGGAGCGAGGGGAGCGCACCGUGGACCCUCUCGGGAGCAGCGGGCUGUUCCCGUACGACCGGGACGAGAUCCCGUGGCACCCGGGCACCGUGAAGCGCACCAAGCAGAAGCUGGAGGGAGGCACGGGAACGGUGAAGCGCGUGUGCCCCGACUCGCAAGAGCCGUCGUCGCCGUCCCCCGCGGAGCCGGUGCACUACUCCUCGACGCCCGUCUUGGGGGGCCCGCAGUGGGCCUCCUCGGAGAUGGGCAAUGCCGUGAACACUUCUGCGUCGCAGCCCAACAUCACUCUCAUCGGCGCCGGUGAGGACGCGUGCAGCUCACCUUCUAGUCCCAACGUCAUCAGCUCCAUGCAGUGUCCUUCCGUGAGGGAGCAGCGGAAGGCCUUCGAGGACGUGGAGACAGUUACCAGAGACCCCGAGUCUCCCCCGUCCUCGAGGUCUCCGGACCGCAGUCGGAGCACCCUCGGGCGAGUGCGCAACCUCAAGAAGGAGUUCGAGGCCAAAUCGGCGAGUGCGCGCCCCGACCGGGAGAAGUCGGUGAGCGAAAGUAGCGACUGCGGGGAGCAGCCGAAGGGCAUGAAGGUGCGGAGCCUGCCGUCCUCUCCGGUCAGCACCCACCCGGAGUGUCGGUCGCCGGGCAGCCUCGAGGACUUGGCGUCGCAGGCGUCGCCCGCGCGGCAGAGGUUCGCGUCGGAGAGCCUCAAGACGUCUGCUCUGCGCAGGCCUGGUCCGGACACUCCGCGGCCCUCGCACGUCAGCGCGGUGCUGCUGUGCAACCUGAGGAACGCGGAGCCGCGCCGGCCGCCCGUGCCACACGUCGUGCACGGCUCGAUCAUGCCGUCGCGCGGCGCCGUGCUGGCGAGCGUGAUGGCCAAGGCCAGCAAGAAGCAGCAGCAAGGCCGUACGCACCCCCUGACGCUCCUCACCGCCAACAACCACGCCUGAACACCUCCGCAGUACAAGACUGAUCCUCAAUACCGUCUGUGUUUUUUUUUAUUUUCGUAGUUGUCAUGGUUACUUUGUGCUUUUGUUUUUAAUAAUUGCCUUAAUCACAACAAUUUUCCCUAAAGUAGUGGGAAAAACCAAUAUCGAUACUAAACAUACGUUCUUUUGUGGGCGUACUGUAGUCUUUUUGGCACCUAAUUUUGAUUUUGAAUGAAAUUCAGCAGAGUUAAAUAAGUGUAAUCUUUUUGUGACUGUUUUGACACAUAUCUGAACACUUAAAACAUAUCAGAUUGAGAUUAAAAAUACAUGACAAGAAUAAUUAUCAAAACGUACUAUAUAUUUUAUUUGGACUUCUCUUUACUACGCAAAUUUGAUUGCCUGUCUGUAUUGUGAUUGAUGCCAAAAAAUUUUAAUUAUCUCGUGGAAGAUUAAGAUAAUGACAUAUUUACUUGGUUUUUAACAUUGUCACUGGGAAAUAAAUAAGUGUUUUAUUGUUUUUAAAUCAGCAGUGUAUCAAAUACAUUUAACUAGGGGUUCACAAGAUUUACAGUUUCAGUAAAAAUAAAUUGUGUUUUGAAGUUGGAAAACUUGUAAUAAUUUAUUCUGCAGGGAAAUAGUUGCAAUGUAGGUAGCUGUAAUGCCAGAUGUGUGCUAUGCUGUGUUUUUCCCAUGUGACAUAAUAAAAGUUGGCAGAUUUGUGAUGGAAACUAAGUGAUGUUGUUAUUAAAGUUUCUAGUGCUUUAAAAGUGCGGAUAAUAACAUUGGAGAGUGUUUGUUUAUUUUUUUAACUUCUGGCCUUGUAAUUUAGAGCAGAGUUGACGAUUACGGCACUCAUUGUAGAUAUGACAUGGCUGCUGUGGUUUUUGAGGCUUUCGCUCAAAUUUGGUUUCAGUUAACUACGCAUUGCUUUGCGUGUAGAGAUUACGUUUGUUAAAUUUUAAAUUGUUACUUAUAAUUUAUUUUGAAGACACAGAGACUGAAUUUUGUCUCUAGUAAAUGAAUAUUUUGACUUUGGUUCAUGAAAUAUACAUUGGCAUAGCUAUCAAAAUGGAACCUUGCGCAUUCAUAGUGAAACCAAUAUUUUUUAAUGUCAUUUAAUAAUUGUGUUUGAUUUAUUGUUCUUUAUCAUUCAAAAGCUAUUUUCAUAGUUAAGUAGUUUUUUUAGAAUCAUAAGUUAUUUUUCAGUGCUGGUUUCGUGACAAUAGGCUUAAAAAAUUCUUAAUGACAUUCAGUACUACGAGUGUAGUUUGUCAACCAGAGUAUCGUGGGGUUUUCGACGACAGUUAUCGAGGAUUGGGAACCAUGACGUAAUGGUGAUCGGGUUUCACGUUGGCAAAGCCUCAAUCUGCAGCAGUCAUUGUUUUUAUACCUAGUUGUACCCAGUGUCUUAUGGGAGAAGUUGUGCGGGUGUAAAAGUCUAGUCCUGUUGCAUUGCACGAGUGCGUGUGCGUGAAUGUGUGUGUACACAGCUGCGUCUGUGAGAAUGUUUGCUUGCGUGUCGUGUUCUCUGUCUCGGGGGCAAAGCUUGGGCUCACAAAGAGUUGGCUGUUUUGUCGUCUGUUCCCUCAAACCUUGUGAUUGAUGUUGUGAACAUCGCUUCUGGACAUUGUGCAAUGUGAUGCGCGCGAUGACCGGCAAGUUGUCUUCGAAGGCUGCACUCAUGUUAGUCAUAAUGGAUGUGGCUUUAGCACUGUAAAUAUUUAUUUAUUCAAUCUUUAUACGUUGCAGUUAAAUUUUUGUUCCUAAUUUUAUAUUUAGUUUUGUGUUAUGAAAUAUACUGUGAUGUUUACGUACAAAUUGUGAAUUAAGAGCAUUGCACAAUGGCCAGCAUUUUUUUUGGUGUUGUAUAAUUUAUGAUGCACAUGAUAGAAUAGUAAUUUUAAAAUUAAACAAACUGUACUUGUAAUUUGAGUUGCAUAAAUUUUCAUUCUUAAGCUGUUUGUUUCACAACAUUCAAAUAAAAAAAAAUUUGUGAUUUUGAGCUUUUCAAUCCCCCAACAGUAUUGUAUUGAAGUUUCUGUGUUAUCUGUUUGUAAAAUAAUAGUUUUUUUUGUACCAUAGAUAUGUAUGAAGUAAGUACACACCUUGUUCAAAGCUUG